AUGAAUCACUUCUUCAAAGUCACAGUCAGACAAAGAGAAGACCGUCCCAGGGAGAAUGUGGUGGGCAGCACAGCGGACGGCCAGGCGGCGAACGGCGGGGCACCGGGGGCGGAGCCUGCUACGGGGAGGCGGAGACUUCGCUGCUGCAUCAAAAUCACGGCCGUACAGGUUCAGAAGGUGCUGUGGGGCGUUGCCAUGGUGAUGUGCGUGUGCUCGUCAUGGGCCGGGUCCACCCAGCUGGCCAAGCUCACCUUUAAGCAGUUCGACGCUCCCUUCACCCUCACCUGGUUCGCCACCACCUGGAACUGCCUGUUCUUCCCCCUCUACUACAUUGGACACCUGUGGAAGAGCCCCGAGAGACAGACCCCCAGACAGAGGUUCAGGGAGUGUUGUCGGUUCUUCGGGGACGACGGGCUGACAGCCAAGGUGUUCUUCAGUAAGGUGGCUCCGUUCGGCUUGCUGUGGAUCCUCACCAACUAUCUGUACCUACAGGCCCUGAGGAAGAUCAACACUACAGACGUGUCAGCUCUGUUCUGCUGCAACAAGGCCUUCGUAUUCCUUCUCUCCUGGAUCGUACUGAGAGACCGCUUCAUGGGCGUCAGGAUCGUAGCGGCCAUCUUUGCCAUCGCUGGCAUUGUGAUGAUGACGUACGCUGACGGUUUCCACAGCCACUCUGUCAUGGGAAUCACCUUUGUUGUGGCCUCCGCUUCAAUGUCUGCACUCUACAAGGUGCUUUUUAAAAUGGUCCUGGGCAGUGCCAAGUUUGGGGAGGCAGCUCUCUUUCUGACGAUCGUCGGGGGCGCUAAUUUUGUGUUCAUCAGCUUUGUGCCAGUCAUCCUGUACUUCACCCAUGUGGAAUACUUUGGUUCUCCUGAGGACAUCCCCUGGUUAUACCUCUGUGGGGUAGCAGGCCUGCUCUUUGCUUUCAAUAUCCUGGUGAACUUUGGCAUAGCCAUCACUUACCCCACAUUAAUCUCUCUGGGCAUCGUCCUGAGUGUCCCUGUCAACGCCAUGGUUGACCUGUACACGUGUGAGAUCCACUUCAACGCAGUGCGUCUUAUCGCUGUGUUUAUCAUCUGCCUGGGGUUCCUGAUGUUGCUACUUCCAGAGGACUGGGACCAGUGCUUCAUCCAGCUCCAUGCUAAGCUGCAGAGUAAACGGGAGGAACCAGCUGAGGUGGAGUCAGGGCCCGGGUCCAGCCUCAACUGGAGCAGGAGAGCUAGGACCUCCACGUCUACCUUUACGCACUGACGGAGGGAUGGCUGGAUGGACGGACGCACACAUUGUAAACAGAUGGACAGAGGCAUGGAUGAAUGAACAGAUGGACAGAGGCAUGGAUGAAUGAACAGAUGGACAGAGGCAUGGAUGAAUGAACAGAUGGACAGAUACACACACACAUAGACAUUCCACCUUGGACACUUGAUUGCCAUGAUGACCUGCAUGGUCGACCUCUGCCAUCAGCCCUCUAUUUCACUUUCCCUCUCACUAGUUUCUCCCUGGAAACCUUUCCGUUGGUCUAUCAGUCCAUCUGGGGCUGCUCAAGACCCUUUCAUUUCACUGCAAAAAGCACUGAUAUCAAUGUUUGUUCAUUUGUUCAUUUCAUAAUCAACAAACAAUUAUUUCCUACUUGACCUCCACCAUUUUAGAAGUGAUCAGAGUUGGUGCAUGGGCUCACGUUGAUCAUGUUCAUUUAGCAAUACCUCUAAAUCAUUCCAUUGGACUGAGACAUUUAUUUGCACACGCCUGGGAAGAGUUGCGAACUUGCCUUUGCUUUUCAAAAGACAAGGAUAGAUUGACAGUUACAUUUUCUGUCAGUUUAACAAACUGAUGAUGGACUUACUGGCUUUAACAUCAUGUUACCAUCAACCUUCAAGAUCCAAAGGAGAAGAAAGCCUUACCAGGAGAGACUGCCUGAGUUCUAGUGGCCAUGUCCCUGGUGUCCCUCAGGUGUCAACUUAAUGGCAAAUACCUCCUUUUAGUGCACUGUAGAUCUCCACGGACCAAUUCCAAACAGACCCUAGCCCCUAAACCCUAGCCCCUAAACCCUAGUCCCUAAACCCUAGUCCCUAAACCCUAGCCCCUAAACCCUAGCCCCUACUACCUCAGCAGUUCAUGUAGAUCUGAAAGGAUUAGAUAGGUAUAAUCAGUAAGGUCAUGGUUCCAUAUUGUCCUCUAUUAGAUAGGUAUAAUCAGUAAGGUCAUGGUUCCAUAUUGUCCUCUAUUAGAUAGGUAUAAUCAGUAAGGUCAUGGUUCCAUAUUGUCCUCUAUUAGAUAGGUAUAAUCAGGAAGGUCAUGGUUCCAUAUUGUCCUCUAUUAGAUAGGUAUAAUCAGUAAGGUCAUGGUUCCAUAUUGUCCUCUAUUAGAUAGGUAUAAUCAGUAAGGUAAUGGUUACAUAUUGUCCUCAGAAUUUCCACCAUAUUGCUUACACCUUUUCAAUUCUCUUACAUCUCUACAACUGCAUAGGGGGUAGGGGGCGAUUUGGGAUUUGACGUUAAUUCACACUUUUGAUGCCCUCCAGCUCAGGAGCCUGUAGAUGUUAGGGUGUGAAAUAAUCUGUCUGGGCGUUUCACUAUCAAAUUGAGCCAUGGAAUGUCUCGCUGUCCCUCCAGCAAAUGAGAAGAGCCAGAGCCAUCUACAGCCAUAUUGAUUGGCCACCUGCUGUGAUACACUUCCCUCUUAGGUCAGAUCUAGAGCUCCUGCUGGUUCCAGGGCUGACACCCUCAGAUCCAGAGCUCCUGCUGGUUCCAGGGCUGACACCCUCAGAUCCAGAGCUCCUGCUGGUUCCAAGGCUGACACCCUCAGAUCCAGAGCUCCUGCUGGUUCCAGGGUUGACACCCUCAGAUCCAGAGCUCCUGCAGGUUCCAGGGCUGACACCCUCAGAUCCAGAGCUCCUGCUGGUUCCAGGGUUGACACCCUCAGAUCCAGAGCUCCUGCUGGUUCCAGGGUUGACACCCUCAGAUCCAGAGCUCCUGCUGAUUCCAGGGCUGACACCCUCAGAUCCAGAGCUCCUGCUGGUUCCAGGGCUGACACCCUCAGAUCCAGAGCUCCUGCUGGUUCCAGGGCUGACACCCUCAGAUCCAGAGCUCCUGCUGGUUCCAGGGUUGACGCCCACUGCUCAGUCCCAUGGCUUCAGUCAAGACAUGCCAGACCAGCCAAACUUAACCAAGCAGCCACAUUUACAUUAUUUCAACAUCAUUUCAACCUCCUUAGCUACCACUGAGCCUCUGCUUGGAUACCUGUCGGUACAUUUCCCACCUUUAAAGUCACCUUGUCAUGAGGCAGACCUAAUAUAGUGGUAUACUCUGUCAGUUAGCCAGUGUUGCAGCGACACUAGCCUGGCUUCCAGUCUGUUUAUGCCCUCUUGCCAACUCCUUAUAGAAUUGUCAUGGCUUGGGAGUUGGAAAGAGCACAACCAGAUCUGGGAUCAGGCUAAUGACACACAAAGACAUAUCAAACUGCAAGUGAUUAUCUGUAAGGGUGUUGUGUCCUGUGCAAACCUUAUCCCAAGAUGCACAGCCAGGGGUGGGUAGAUAUUGCUACUCUGUCUGUGGCAUUUUGGUGGAGGCCCCAUUAAGGAAGUCCCAUUGAGGUCAUAGGGAGAUCUGCUACGGCAUUUGUUGGCAGUGGUGAGAUCCAGCUUUUUCUUAAAGAUACUGUUUUUGUUUUCCAUUGAUCACGUUUCUAAGGCAAGUUAACCACUGUGAGGACUCUUCAGGGUUACUGAUGAGAUAACGAACCGAGCAACACGGAUGACAAUGUAGGCGGGGCUUCAAACAGGUAGUGGGCGGAACCUCUGUCUUGUUGCUGUGAAUGUAAACAUGACCAUUGCUCAACCAACCAAUCACCAACACUCACCAUGUGCUAUCUAUCUUUUCUAUUUCUACGGAGGGAGGCACCAUUAGACUGGACAUACCACAGCCUCACACUACAACAACAACAACAACCAUUCUUCUUGCACUCAUCCUUCUUGAACAAACUCUUUGAUGCAUCUUAUUUUUAAAAAAUGGACAUGUUUUUCUAUUUCUGCGUUUAGUUUGACUACUGAUGUGAAGGGACAGUGAGUGACUGACAUCUACAGAACAAGCAUGCAGAGAUGACUAGAUAUAGCUGAGCAGUCCUGUCCAUUCACUUCACUGCCUUUUCUUUUUGUUUUGCAAUAGAGUACAGGGUUGGGCUCAGUUCCAUUUCAAUUCAGUCAAUUCUGGAAGUAAAAUGAAAUUCCAAAUUCCAAUUCUCCUCAUUGAAAAGCAUUGAGGAACAUUGAAAUUGAAGUUUGGAAUUGGAGUUUCAGUCCUAAAUUGGCUGAAUUGUAAUGGAACUGAGCCCAAUCCUGAAUAGAAGUACUACAUCAGCACUGUUAUCUCCCAUUGUCAUUCAUUAUAAUGACAAUAUAAUAAUCAUAUUGUAUUCCUCUGGAAUUAUUGCUAGACAUAACUGUAAACCUUUGUAAGGAAUGAAGCUGACUUUUACACUGAAAUAAUAAAUGCAACAUAUGAUUA